AUGCGCACCGUUCAGUUUCAGCCACAGUUUUCGAUCACAUUUCAGGCGAUUGAAGACAACUACUACGACUAUGAUGGUUUUGUGGUCAUUCACGGUACGGAUACUAUGGCCUACAGUGCGAGUGCACUAUCCUUCAUGUUGGCCAAUCUUGGGAAGCCGGUUGUGUUCACGGGUUCCAUCCUGCCCUUUGGGGAGCCUCACAGUGACGCUAGGAGGAACUUGAUCAUAUCAAUUCUGCUCGCGGGUCUUUGUAGCAUUCCGGAGGUUUGUAUCUUCUUCAACGAGCGACUGCUUCGAGGCUGCCGAUCUGUCAAGGUUGACAGUGGAUCGAUAGCAGCAUUCGACUCGCCCAAUUUUCCUCCUUUGGCUACCCUCGGUGUUGACAUUCACUUUAAUGAGCAUCUAUUACUGCCGCCACCUAAAGGGCGCUUCCAUACACAUACCGAAAUGGAGAGCGCGAUCCUUGUCGUUAGACUGGUCCCUGGCUUUGCAGAUUUGGAGACACUCGCCGACACCGCAGUCCGUGGUGUUGUACUGCUCCUCUACGGCACAGGGAACGCCCCUGCUCGUAAGAAGAACUUCGUCUCUUGGCUGAAGAGAUUGAUUGACAACGGAGUGGCAGUGAUCGCUUGCUCCCAAUGCGUGCGAGGAACG